CACGCUGGCUUCCGGUGACGCCAGCCAGGAAUAACAAACAUGGCCGUGCUGAGUGUGUUGCGGGCUGCAGCCGCCUGUGUGGUCCGGCGGGCUCCCGUUAAGCCGCGGAAUCUGACUGAGAAAACCCUGCUUCGGCCCCUGUCCAGACCCGACGUUGUAGUUCGCCAUGGUAGUCAUGGGAAACAGAUGUUUGUCAUCAGCUCCAGUAAAUACUAUGAUCGCCGGUUCUUGCAUCUCUUGAGAUUCUAUAUUUUAUUAACUGGAAUACCAAUGGCUGCAUUAAUCACUUUUGUGAAUAUUUUUAUUGGUGAAGCUGAGCUUGCAGAGAUUCCUGAAGGUUAUGUUCCAGAGCACUGGGAAUACUACAAGCAUCCCAUAACCAGGUGGAUUUCAAGAAACAUUUAUGACCCACCUGAGAAGAGUUAUGAGAAAAUGAUGGCCCUUAUUUCAAUUGAAGCAGAGAAAGCAGAUCUGAGGCUUAAACAGCUUGAGGUUCGCCGGUUGAUGAGAGAAAGAGGUGAUGGUGCUUGGUAUCAGUAUGAAACAUUGGAUAAAAAUUUGGUUGAUAAUUCUCCAAAGUCAAGCCCAGAUUACUAAGUGAACAAAAGUUGCUGAAUAAUAAUAUUUACCAAUACCAAGAAUGUGUGGGGGAGAAAAAAGUUUAAUAAAUUAUCAUAUGUGUGUUUGCAUCAUUAUUUUGACAAAUAAAAUCUUGUAUUCCAGUCAAACCGUGCUUGUGCU